UCUGUCUCUCUCUCUCUCUCUCAAAAAUAAAUAAAACAUUAAUAAAUAUAUUUUUGAAAAAAAGAAUUAUAACAUUCCUGGUCUAAGCCAGACCAUUGCCAGAAAAGAUUUGUAGACAGCCACCAGGGGACAGAGGCUAGGAAAACAGGGAACUGGUCCCCUCUGACUCUAAUUCUCAUGUGAGCCAACUGCUCACAGAUGCGGAAAUGAUUACCUAUUACUGUAACGUCUUAACUCUAGGGAAGAGUCUGUUGGAGUUGGACUCCUGUCUCCUAUUGCACCACAAACCAUCGACUUCUUCCAUCUCCAUGCUGACAUUCCCGCCACACACCCUGGGCUCUCCCUUCACAUUUUAUGGUCCCUGCAACUUAAUAGAUACAGGAGGUGUGAUAUUAGUCAUCAGAGGAGGCUGGCCCUAAAUUUUGCCUCCUGGGAAGAAGCACCCUGACCUCUGGUGGCUAUAGUUUGAACUGGACCCUCUCUAGUUCGUGGCCUGCUGGCAGGUAAUGAAUGAUGUGUGUUUUCUCAACCAUCCAAAUUCAAAUAUUCAAAUAACUGUAUCAAAUUGAAAUUUUUUUUAUUGCUGAAUUUUUGGUUUUCAGACAUUCAGGACAUAAUGUAAAGAACAGAGCCUGGGCUUUGGAAUCAGACUUACCGAGGUUCAAAUCCUAGCUCUGUUUCCUAACAGAGUGACCUUGGGCAAGUUACCUAAGCUUAGCUUUCUUACCUGUAAAGUGAAAAUAAUAAUAAUGAGCUCAAUGGGAAAAUGAGAUGAUUGUAAAAUGCAUAGCCCUAGCUGUGCCAUAGCACAUAGGUGCCCAAUAAAAGUUUGUUACCUUCUCAAUAAUAGUGAUUUGUUCAGCGUAUGACUCAAUAUGGUUUUUAAAAUUUUGGUAACAUAAAAUUUACCGUUAUUCCCAUUUUUCAGUGUGACUUUUUUAAACUCAGAAAUUUUAUGUAACUGCUUUCUGAUUCUUGAGUUUGGAAACUGAGGUCAACUUCAGUAUGGUCUGUGAAGCCUGUCUGCCCAGAGAGCUACAGAUCUGAGCCCUGAAAAUAAGGGUUAGCGGGAUCUUGGGCACAGCUGAAUGGCUCAGUUGACCUCACUCUGGUUUCCAGCCUGAGAAGGGCUGACAGGAUCCAGCACUUUCUUCCAGGGUCAGCAAAGGGCAGAGGUCUGAAGUCAGGCAUCACUGGGUUCUCAGCUGGGCCUCCAAGACCCCCCUCCUCCCACUUUGCAGAGGAAAGAGGAGGCAGCCGCAGAGAAGAAGAUAUGCAAUUGCUUCUCUGCUCCUCCCUCUCCCUGCUUUUCCCUACACCCAUCCUCUCCCCCACAGCAGCCAUCUCCCCCACAGAGACUGGAAAGAGGGAGGGGGGCGGAGUUGGGGACUGAGGGAUCAGAAGACCCACGGAGCCCUGUAUCUGGAUGAAGCUCUGGCCGGGGGCAGCGGUGCUGGUUCAUGCUGCCUCCUUCAUGCUGCUUGCCUCCUCCAGCAUGACGCUGGGGGCUCUGGGCCUUUGGGUUCUCCUUCCCAUAGCUGUGCAAGCACCCCCAAGCAGGCGGACCUGUGUGUUCUUUGAGGCCCCUGGAGUGCGGGGAAGCACAAAGACACUGGGGAAGCUGCUAGAUGCAGGACCAGGGCCCCCCAGGGUUAUCCGCUGCCUCUACAGCCGCUGCUGUUUUGGGAUCUGGAACCUGACCCAACACCAGGCACAGGUGGAGAUGCAAGGAUGCCGAGACAGUGACGAGCCAGACUGUGAGUCCCCCCACUGUGAUCUGAGCCCCCGAGCCCACCCUAGUCCCGGGUCCACUCUCUUCACCUGCUCCUGUGGCACUGACCUCUGCAAUGCCAAUUAUAGCCAUCUGCCUCUUCCAGGGAGCCCUGGGUCUUCUGGCUCCCAGGGUCCCCAAGCUGUCCCAGGAGAGUCCAUCUGGAUGGUGCUGGUGCUGCUGGGGCUCUUCCUCCUCCUCCUGCUGCUGCUGGGCAGCACCAUCUUGGCCCUGCUACAGCAAAAGGUCUGCCGAGUCCGAGGUGGCCCAGAUCCAGAGCCAGAGCCAGAGCCAGAGCCAGGCUCAGGCAGGGACUGGAGUGCCGAGCUGCCCGAGCUGCCCGAGCUGUGUUUCUCCCAGGUAAUCUGGGAAGGAGGUCACACAGUGGUGUGGGCUGGGCAGCUGCAAGGCAAGCUGGUAGCCAUCAAGGCCUUCUCCCUGAGGGCCGUGGCCCAGUUCCAAGCUGAGAGAGCACUGUACGAACUGCCAAGCCUACAGCACGACCACAUUGUCCGCUUUAUCACCGCCAGCAGGGGGGGCCCUGGGCCCCCACCCCGAGGGCCCCUGCUGGUACUGGAGCUGCACCCAAAGGGCUCCCUGUGCCACUACUUGACCCAGCACACCAGUGACUGGGGAAGCUCCAUGCGGAUGGCGCUGUCCCUAGCGCAGGGCCUGGCAUUUCUCCAUGAGGAGCGCUGGCAGGAUGGCCAAUAUAAACCGGGUAUCGCCCACCGAGACCUGAGCAGCCAGAAUGUGCUCAUUCGGGAGGAUGGGUCGUGUGUCAUUGGAGACCUGGGCCUUGCCUUGGUGCUCCCUGGCCUCACCCAGCCUCCCACCUGGGCUCCUACUCCACCCCGAGGCCCAGCUGCCAUUAUGGAGGCUGGCACCCAGAGAUACAUGGCACCAGAGCUGUUGGACAAGACUCUGGACCUACAAGACUGGGGCACGGCCCUCCGGCAAGCCGAUGUUUACUCUCUGUCUCUGCUCCUAUGGGAGAUCCUGAGCCGCUGCCCAGAUCUGUGGCCUGACAGCAGACCGCCACCCUUCCAACUGGCCUAUGAGGCAGAACUGGGCAGCACUCCCACCACCUGUGAGCUGUGGACCUUGGCCGUGGAGGAGAGAAGGCGCCCCUACAUCCCAUCCACCUGGCACUGCUUCACCACAGACCCUGGUGGCCUGAGAGAGCUGCUAGAGGACUGUUGGGACGCAGACCCAGAAGCACGGCUGACAGCUGACUGUGUACAACAGCGCCUGGCUGCCCUGGCCGGACUUCAGGAGGCCCGUCCCUUCCCAGAGAGCUGCGCCCCCGACUGCCCACCUCUCUGUCCAGAAGACUGCUUCUCACCUCCCCCCACUGCCAAUCCCCCUUGUAGGCCUCCACUGACUGUCUGCUGCUUCAGCAUUCAGUGGGGCCCUGGUUCCAGGAAUCCUCCUGUACCGUCUCUCACCUGUAAAUAUGCAGUUUAUGUAUAAUCUAUGUACACGCGAACAUAAAUACGGUGAUCGGA